UGCCCGUGGCUGCUUCCUCCAUCCUGGUAUUUUUUGGAGCCUCCAUCCUGGUUCUUCCAAAGUGCCCGGACCCAAAACAGGAAUUGAUAGGCUCACCCCAAAAUAUGCUUCUUGGGACUGAUCUAGAACCUGCAUAUUCUCCGUGAAUCUCUUUAAUUGAUUGCAGUUGAGCUAGAUGGUGGAGCCAAAAUGCUAUUGCCCUGUCUUCAUCAACAGUUAAUCAAGUGUUGCAGAGGUAGGAACAUGGAGGAGAAACAAUCUGGAUAACAUGAAAGUGAUGCUGGUGGCAAAGGGAAGGCAACUCGAUUCUGUGGGAAGGGCUAUAGCUGAUCCAUCUGUUUGCUAGUUGGUAAAAAAUUAUGUGGACAAGACCAAAAUUGAGUAUUGAGGCAAGAACUUCAUUGAACAUUACAAGAUUUGAGUAUGAGCACAGUUGAAGAGGAUUCUGACACAGUAACAGUAGAAACUGUGAACUCUGUGACUUUGACUCGGGACGCAGACGGGAACCUCAUUCUUCACUGCCCUCAGAAUGAAGCUGAUGAAAUAGACUCAGAAGAUAGUAUUGAACCUCCACAUAAAAGGCUUUGUCUGUCUUCUGAGGAUGAUCAAAGUAUUGAUGAUUCCACUCCUUGCAUAUCAGUUGUUGCACUUCCACUUUCAGAAAAUGAUCAGAGCUUUGAGGUGACCAUGACUGCAACCACAGAGGUGGCAGAUGAUGAGAUUACUGAGGGAACUGUGACACAGAUCCAGAUUCUACAGAAUGAGCAACUAGAUGACAUAUCUCCCUUGGGUAAUGAGGAGGUUUCAGCAGUUAGCCAAGCAUGGUUUACAACUAAAGAAGAUAAGGAUUCUCUAACUAACAAAGGACAUAAAUGGAAGCAGGGGAUGUGGUCCAAGGAAGAAAUUGAUAUUUUGAUGAACAAUAUUGAAUGCUAUUUGAAGGCACGCGGAAUAAAAGAUGCUACAGAAAUCAUCUUUGAGAUGUCAAAAGACGAAAGAAAAGAUUUCUACAGGACUAUAGCAUGGGGUCUGAACCGGCCUUUGUUUGCAGUUUAUAGAAGAGUGCUUCGCAUGUAUGAUGACAGAAACCAUGUGGGAAAAUACACACCUGAAGAAAUUGAAAAGCUCAAGGAGCUCCGGAUAAAGCAUGGCAAUGACUGGGCAACAAUAGGGGCGGCACUAGGAAGGAGUGCCUCUUCUGUCAAAGAUCGGUGCCGACUGAUGAAGGACACUUGCAACACAGGGAAGUGGACAGAAGAAGAAGAAAAGAGACUUGCAGAGGUGGUUCAUGAAUUGACGAGCACUGAGCCAGGUGACAUAGUCACACAGGGUGUGUCUUGGGCAGCUGUGGCAGAGCGGGUGGGUACUCGCUCAGAAAAGCAGUGUCGUUCUAAAUGGCUCAACUACCUGAACUGGAAACAGAGUGGAGGUACUGAGUGGACCAAGGAAGAUGAAAUCAAUCUCAUCCUCAGGAUAGCAGAACUUGAUGUAGCUGAUGAAAAUGACAUAAACUGGGAUCUGUUAGCAGAGGGAUGGAGCAGUGUCCGUUCACCACAAUGGCUUCGAAGUAAAUGGUGGACCAUCAAAAGGCAAAUUGCAAACCAUAAGGAUGUUUCAUUCCCUGUCUUGAUAAAAGGUCUUAAACAGUUACAUGAGAAUCAAAAAAACAACCCAACGCUUUUGGAGAAUAAAUCAGGAUCUGGAGUUCCAAACAGUAAUUCCAGUUCCAGCGUACAGCAUGUUCAGAUCAGAGCUGCCCGCUUGGAAGACAAUACAGCCAUCUCUCCAAGCCCCAUGACAGCCCUGCAGAUUCCAGUCCAGAUCACCCAUGUCUCUUCAGCAGACUCCCCGGCUGCUACUGUUGACUCGGAAACAAUAACACUAAACAGUGGAACACUACAGACCUUUGAGAUUCUUCCAUCUUUCCAUUUACAGCCCACUGGCACUCCAGGCACCUACCUACUUCAAACAAGCUCAAGCCAAGGUCUUCCGCUAACUCUUACUGCUAGUCCCACAGUAACCCUGGCGGCUGCCGCUCCCGCUUCUCCUAAACAGAUCAUCGUCCAUGCUUUAUCUCCAGAACAUUUGUUGAACACAAGUGACAACGUCACAGUGCAGUGUCACACACCAAGAGUCAUCAUUCAGACAGUUGCCACAGAAGACAUCACCUCUUCCAUAUUGCAAGCAGAACUGACAGUGGAUAGUGAUAUUCACUCAUCUGAUUUUCCUGAGCCUCCAGAUGCCCUAGAAGCAGACACUUUCCCAGAUGAAAUUCAUCAGCCUAAGAUUACUGUAGAGCCAUCAUUUAAUGAUGCUCAUAUAUCCAGAUUCAGUGACCAAAAUAGCACAGAACUGAUGAACAGUGUUAUGGUCAGAACAGAAGAAGAAAUCUCUGGCACCCACCUUAAACAAGAGGACGCACCCUCCCCUUUAACCCGGGCUUAUGUUACUGAGGAUUUAGGGUCUCCUACCAUAGAAGAACAAGUUGAUCAAACAACAAUUGAUGAUGAAACGAUACUUAUCGUUCCUUCACCACAUGGCUUUAUCCAGACAUCUGAUGUUAUAGAUACUGAAUCUGUCUUGCCUUUGACAACACUAACAGAUCCCAUAUUCCAACAUCAUCGAGAAGAAUCAAACAUCAUUGGAUCAUCUCUGGGCAGUCCUGUUUCAGAAGACUCAAAAGAUGUUGAGGAUUUGGUAAACUGUCAUUAGGUAAUUCUUAGAAACAGGUAGUUCAGGCAAAGAAGCCACACUGUUAAUUACAACAUCUCCAAAGAAAUAGGAGCAACCCCCAAGAGGCUUAAUUUACCAUUCCUCUGGCUUUUAAAUAGCUACAGUGCUCAAGCCACAUACAGUGUUGCUGCUAUGACUUUUUACCUCCUUUAAAUAUAUCAUCUGAGGUCUAGUCUUAUGACAGUGUAGCUGAGUGGAGCACUGGGGUCUCUCUUAACUGUAGAGAUUCUAGUGAUCAGUGUUACUUGUCAGCGGGGAAUUUCAUUCACUUUAGCUGAGAGAAGUUUAAAAUCACCAAAGCUUAACUACUGUUUUAAAAGCAGUAAUAUUCAUCUCUAAAGAUCAGACAUGGCACUCUAUCCAGUCUCAAAUAGGCCUGUUUAUAUUUCAGAGAAGCUACAUCACCAUGGUCUAGAGCUUACCAGUGACCUUCUCCACAAAGCUUAUCUUCUAAGUAGUUUGAGACUUGGGGUGUGGUGGUUACUUUUGGUUUACCCAUUGCUGGCAGUGGGAGCUGAUUUAGGCUGGGCGAAGAGGAAAGCAUUAAGAGAAUUAAGAAAAUUCACUACAGGCUUCUUUGUUUUAAUAUGGAUGAGAAUAGGAAGACAAAAUUCAUGAGAAGCUAAGAGUUUUCACCCCCUCAGAACCCACUGUCAUCAGUUUACAGAGUUAGCACUUUGAAGUAAAACUAAAUGGGAAAGGAAGUAAAGUUGCCUAUCCUAUGCCAUGACCUUUUAUUACAUGUCUUGCUAUAUAAGUUACCCAGGAAAUAGUUGAGAAGAGGAUCAGAGUUUGCCGUUCACUUAGUGCAUUAACUGAUGGGGGUUUGAUAUAACUUCUCCCUCUCAGGCAAUUUAAAAAAACAAAAUUUGCUUCUGUAAUGAAAGGAAACAAAUCAAGAGUCAUUCCUAUACCAGAGAAGGUUAAGCCAAAAUUAGCCUCUAGGGCUUUAAUGAAUAUGACCCCUAUAGAAAAGUCAAAAAAAAACUUGUAUAAAUUAUUUUAUUUAUUAUUGUAAUUAGAUUUACACAAUCAAAGUUGUCUUUUCACCGUCUUGUGUUUUUUGUUAACGUGAAAUUGUAGUUAUAAGCAAAAGUUGGUUGCCUAGGGAACAAUAAUUGUAUAUUCAGUUUAACAGAAAUAAAAGAGUAUUUGUCUUAAAAUGCAAAA